CUUUCUCUCUCUUUCUCUCUCUUUUUCUUUGCACUGCCUUUUCAAACUUUGUUGUCAUUCAUUGUGUCUCGUCCCCUUCAAUGCGGAAGCUGACGAAUACUAUAGAACGUUCAGCAGAAUAUGUCAACUUUAUCAACGAUCUUAGUCAGUUCCAUGCAGCAAAAGGGACCACAUUACAGGUAGAACCUAUUCUUGGAAAGAAACGCCUGGAUUUAUUGAAAUUAUACAAGAUUGUCCUUGGUUUUGGUGGUUUUGAAAAGGUGACACAAGGGAGAGCAUGGAAACAAGUUGGUAAUCAAUUCAAAUUUCCUGCUACCUGUACCAACAGUGCCUAUAUUCUAAAAGGGCUCUAUAUUCGGAAUCUGCUUGGUUGGGAAGAAGAAAAUGUGAAUGGAAAGACUUGGAAACCACCAGAAGAACUCAAAGGACCGCAUGCGCAUCGAAUCAGUACUUUGGCUGGAAGCAAAUACAGAAAACAUGUUCCUCGUACACCUUCAAAGACGAAGCAAAAAAAGAUGAGGACUGAUAAUGGCAUUACUGUGUUUGACUCUACUCAAGAUACUACGACAUAUCCACCAACUCCUUUAUCACAAGAUUCUGUAACUUAUAAUGAUGAUUUUGGUGACAACUUUUCCUCUGAUUCGUCUGUGGUAACAACCAAUGAUGUGAUUUUGGAAGAAGGGAAAAAACAAAAGAUUCUAUUUGCACUACGAUUUGGUGAUGACAAGGAUAUCGACUGGGCAUUGAAUUUUUUGCUCGAUCUCACGUACACUACUCCUCAGUCUUUACCUGUUUCGAACACCCCAAUGCUCGUGGAACUGUUAUUAGAACAAGGGCAAUUAUUUCUUCGACAAAAGCAGCCAAUCGACAGUACCAAAAACAGCAAUUCUGAUAAUAAUAAUAAUAAUAGUAAUGAUACCUUGUCUAGUCUUAUGGAUUUGGAUGAAGAUGAUGAAUCAACUGUCAAAAUGGAUCGAUUAAAGAAGGUUCUACAUAUUAUUCGAAAUUAUUCAACAUGCAAGGCAGACUCAGCAAUGUUAUCAACUCAUGCUAUUUUGAAAGAAUUGGUGAUCAAAACAUUGGAUAUGUCGACUUUGACAGGUGGAUUAGAAAUCGGCCGAUAUUGUAUUGAUAUUGUGGAAAACAUGGCAAGUGAUAUUCCUUUGGCAGGUCCUGAUGAUCCUUGGAUUCCAUGUCUUACCAAGCUAAUCUAUGCUCAAGAUCGAUAUCUUGUUGUGGCUUCUAUUCGUGCAUUAACAGUCAUUGGGAUGUGUGAUUUGAAUCAACUUUUUUUGGCGAAUAAUACUCAAGUCAUGGGUUGUAUUGCUCAAAAUCUUUUGGCGACGGAUGAAGAAUUAGUUGGUGUUUCUUUGGAAUAUCUUUAUCAGCAAGUCAAUAUCUCUGCGGAAUGUCGAUCUCAAAUGCUUUCUGCUUAUGAAGGUGCCUAUGUUGGAUUAUUGGUCAACAAAUUACAAUUCUCGGUUAAAUAUUAUGUAUCAAAACUUAUCAAAGAUGAUGUGACAACAGCAACGACACCCAGUAGUAUGACGUUGCAGCCUUUAUCACCAAGUGGUAGUUCCAGUAGCAACAGUAGCAUUAGUAGUGUCAAUACCCAUAAUACUGCAGCAAGUAAUAUGAUUGGUGGAACAAUAGGACUUGGCAAUCAACAUACUCCUAUACCUAGUUUGGUCGAAUAUUCAACUCUUGAAGAACCUUUUCGUUGCUUAGGAUGGCUUAAGGACAAAUUUGAAGCAACUCAUCACACUCAUUCAUUGUCGUUGGAUGAUUUGUAUCUACUCUAUUAUUCUCGAUUUGGCAUGGAAAAAGCUUUGAAAAUACACCAUUUUUAUUCAGUACUGACCAUUGCAUUUCCCGAACAACCACCAUCAUAUGUGAUGGAAAAUGGACAAAUUAUUCGAAACCCAUCUACGUUUGGUACCAAGAUUGAAGGCUUAUGUGUGAAGGGAUUACAAAUCAAAAUGAACAUUUUGCAUGAUGAACUGAGCACACAUUAUCUUUGUCAAUGGGCUGGUUGCACUGACAAUAUCUAUAGUGACUCUUCUUCCUUGGAAAACCAUAUUCAAAAUCAUAUUCAAGCGUCUGAUGAUUAUGUUUGCGAAUGGAAUAACUGCUCACAAUCGAUAAAAUCAAAAGACGAGUUGAUUACACAUUUACUUGGACAUAUAGCGGAAAUACCUCAGACAACAAUGGUAGAAUCAACUCCAUUCUCUUCUUACCCUUCUACGUUAUCACCAUCAACAUCAUCACAGUUGGACGACAACAAUGGAAUCAAUGAUCAGAACGACAAGAAUAACGAACAAGGAACGAUGAAUACAAAUAACUUAUCGGUAUUAGAAACACCAUGUAAUGAACUCAAGGGUGUACCUUUGGUGGCAAUACAUAUACUUCGAUUGUUAUCAGAAGAUCCAAGCAGUCCUGCUUAUCUCACACCUUAUGAAAUCAAACUUAUCAGCAUUUCCGAUAGCAAACCUUCUCUCUCUCCGUAUGUUUAUUCCAUUUUGUCAAACAUUAGACUUCAUUCCACUGGUUCUUCUCCCACUUUAUAGUUUUGUAUUUUUUUUUUUAAACAUCCCCAACGUCAACUUCGUAUAUACAACACCUAUCAUUUUAUCAUUUAUUAUCUUCAUAUUCUUAUAUUGGAUGGUUCUUUUUUCAUUAUUAUUAUUUUAUACUACCAUAGU